GGCCGCGCGUGGGGCUAAGGCUGGGCGAGCGCUGGGGCAGCGAGCGCUUGUGGCCCGUCGAGCGCCCGGACUUUACGUGGCGAUGGGGCGGCUGGUUAGAGCGCUGGGAUGGCUCCGGGGUGGGGGAGCAUUGGCAAGGCCGCCUGGUACGGUGGCCCCGUGGCCUCCUCUGAGAAGCUUUGGGGCAGCGCCCUUUGUGGACCCCACUGAGUGGAUGGGGCGAAGCUGCUGAAAGGGAAAAUGAGGAAACCCACCGGCCGCUCCCUAUGGAAAAGUUCCCUCAUGGGGAUGGCUUCUCGGGGAGGGAGGAGCGGCCGGCCUUGUCCAGACUGAGGCGGUUACGCGUAGUUAGGAGUUGGUCGCCUUGCCUCUGGGUGCUCCUGCUCAGCGAGGUCAGUUACGCUUGGGCUGCCUUUCACGGCAGCGUAGAAACCGUGGACAGUAACUGAAUAUAUACUGAAUGAGUUCAGUGUCCUUAGAUUACAGUUGAAGCUUGCUGUACAGAAGACUGAAAAAAAAUGGAGCAGUACACAACAAACAGCAAUAGUUCGACUGAACAGAUAGUUGUACAAGCUGGCCAGAUUCAACAACAGCAGCAGGGUGGUGUCACUGCUGUCCAGUUGCAGACUGAGGCUCAGGUGGCAUCUGCCUCAGGCCAGCAAGUCCAGACCCUCCAGGUAGUGCAGGGUCAGCCAUUAAUGGUACAAGUGAGUGGAGGUCAGCUGAUCACAUCAACUGGUCAGCCAAUCAUGGUGCAGGCUGUACCAGGGAGUCAAGGUCAGACCAUUAUGCAAGUUCCAGUUUCAGGAUCACAGGGACUACAACAGAUUCAGUUGGUCCAGCCCAGCCAGAUUCAGAUUCAGAGUGGGCAAGCUGUGCAAGUUCAAGGUCAGCAAGGCCAGACACAGCAAAUCAUCAUCCAGCAGCCCCAAACUGCAGUUACUGCUGGCCAGACACAGACGCAACCUCAAAUUGCUGUCCAAGGUCAGCAGGUGGCGCAGACAGCUGAGGGCCAGACAAUUGUCUAUCAACCAGUUAAUGCUGAUGGAACAAUUCUUCAACAAGUUACAGUCCCUGUUACAGGCAUGAUCACCAUCCCAGCAGCCAGUUUGGCUGGAGCCCAGAUAGUUCAGGCUGGAGCGAACACCAACACAACCAGCAGUGGACAAGGGACAGUAACUGUGACACUGCCUGUUGCUGGAAAUGUGGUCAAUUCAGGUGGAAUGGUGAUGAUGGUGCCAGGGACUGGAUCUGUUCCAGCUAUCCAGAGGAUACCUUUGCCUGGAGCAGAGAUGCUUGAAGAGGAGCCCCUGUAUGUUAAUGCUAAACAGUACCACCGGAUUCUAAAGAGGCGGCAAGCAAGAGCCAAGCUGGAAGCAGAAGGGAAAAUCCCUAAAGAGCGAAGGAAAUAUCUGCAUGAGUCCCGCCAUCGUCAUGCCAUGGCCAGGAAGCGGGGAGAAGGUGGUCGGUUUUUCUCACCAAAAGAAAAGGAUAGCCCUCAUAUGCAGGAUCCAACCCAAGCAAAUGAAGAAGCGAUGACACAGAUGAUCAGAGUAUCUUAACAAUUAGCUAUAGAACAAAUCAUCUGGACAAAUGCUGUAUCUCCUAUUUCCUGUCCUCCCUAUCAGAUGAACUUCCAAAUGGGAAAAUUGCCAUAUGCACACCCUUUUCUCUUCUUCAGAACAAAUUCCACAGUCUCAGUAAUGGUUUGUUUUAGGAUUUUAACUGCCAGGCCCCCAGCAAAUGGGAACACCUAUUGACUUUGGGUAUCUGCCUUUCCAGUUCAGAUCAAGGAGCUUCGGGUUUCACUCUCUAGGCCUUUGACAUCCUUGACAAUAACAGUGGCCCAGCUUGAAACGGCCACUGCCUCAGCAAUAACUGGCAUGUUGAAAUAGGGCUAGCUUUUAAGCCAUUUGGAAGCCACAGCUCUGCAAUCACAUGACUGAUAUCGGGAGAAGCUAUAGCUGAGAAGCCUACACCUUCACCUUGUUUUCUCCAUGUAGUCUUCUUGGUCCCACCUCACAGCCUUGGACUUUAUACUUGCUGUCAACACCCUGUAGCAGCAUCUUUGCCGAUGGAAUUCUAGAGAAGCUUUGAUAAGACGUUGAAAGUUUUUCUUGAAGUAUUAUCAUACAUAAAUUGUCAUGAAUUAUCUGUCUAGGACAAAAUCUGUUCUUUCAAAGUGUUGGAAAAGAUUUGAAGUGAUAUACGCAUGUUCUUGGGGUUGGGUGGGGAGGGUUGCACAGGGAACGGGAGAGGAGAAAAUUUGGCUGGUGUUGGAACUGGCUGAAAUCCUGUUUAAGUCAUUUAGGGAUGACAGGCUUGCUCUUCUGAAAUGCAGGCAAUGAUUAUUCCCAGACAAACUGUCUUGUAUAAUUGAUGCUGUUAUUUCUCCAAGAUCAGACGACAUACCUGUGCCAUUGCCCUAACCAAACUGAACCUUGUUAUAUCCUGCUUAGUAGAAAGACAGCUAGUAUAGGCAAUCCUUUCCGACUUUUUAUGUAAUGUUCCUUGUAAAUCUGACACAUAACAAUUCUGCAGCCUUCUUUUCAGUGGCUGCUCUAGUUAGGUUAUGACUGCCUGGUAAUUAGGUAUGUUAAGGGGUAUGAGAGUGCGGUUUGUUUUUGCAGUUGAUAGCUCAGUUUUUGGAGAUAAAUUGAGGCCCUUUCUAGCAAGAAGCAUGCAACUGCUUCUCCCCUUGUCAUUACCUAUAUUUAGCUAGUGUUUUGUGGUUCAUCUGGCACUGUGUUUUGUUUUUAUAUAUUUACAAUCAUAUGUUAAGCCUGCAUUGCUCACCAGGAUUGAAAGUGUUAUAGAACAGGAGUCAGGCCAUUACAGGAAGAUGAGCUGUGAAGUGAAAGCCAUUAAGAUAGAAGGGGUCUAGUUAUUGACUACUGAGCUUUAUAGGGAGGCUGUGAUGCCAUUGGAAGAAGUACCAAGAUAGAAAGUACACAUUGGUUUUCAUUUUGAGGAAGGUACCCUCUAUAAGCCCUCAUUUUCAUUGCUUAAAAUGAAAAGUAGAAUUCAGUUCUAAGGAUUUGUGAUUAAUUUUAUAGAUUUGUCCCAGUUCAUUGGAAUUAGAGCUUUUUGGGCCAGCUAACUGUCAUCAAGAACUGAUAUUCCUUCAGGCUAACUUUAUUAAUGCUUUAGUUUCAUUUCUUAAUGGUGAGCUUUUCCCUGCUAAGCCUUGGAACAAUGGAGGACAAAACCAGGUGAAGCUCCAUAUAUGAAGUAGAGGUUGGGCAAUGCAUAUUUUAUGGUGAUUUAUGACUUAUGUUUUGGGAAGCAAAUUAAAAAUAAAUAAAUCUUAUUUCAUGCUGUUGUCCAUUUGUAAACUUGCAUGUAGGUUACAUGUUUCUGAAUUGCUUUGUUUGUUCUAAAUCUUUUUGUUCAUUCCUUUCCAUUAUUGGUUUCCACCGUGUUUUGGGCUUCCAUUAUGGCAUUUUUUAGCUGGCUGCUUCAAUACUUGCCUACAAGUUCUGUUCAUUGGUUUCACAAUAAUAUCCAAUUUGACAGUUAAGUAAGCUGUCUUAGUUAAGGAUCAAUGAAUGCUUUGUUUUGGUAUGAUUGUUUUUCAGCAUUGCUGUAAAUAUUAAGAGCAUUGGUCCAUUCUGAGAUAGCGGUAGACAUGGAAAGGCGAAGAUUUGAUAGUCUGGAUUCAAGUUAUUUCUCCAUUUCCCCCUUCCAACUCUGCAAAUUGGGAAGUAAAGGAAGCAGGAUUGUCCCGCUUCUUUGUGUAUUUGUAAAAUAUAACAAGACAUUUGCAAUUUCAAAAAGUCUUAGCCAUUACUGCCCUUCCCCAUGUUUAAACAACAAAAUUGGUCUUUGUGAUAUCUAUGUGUAGAUUAUGCAUAGACAUUUAAUUUUUGGUCUGUAAAAAAUUUCUAUACUUAGGUUUUUUUGUAACGGUGUAGAUGUCCUGAUAGGAUCUAUUAGGCCUGUGGCUUCAACCUAAUGUGUGUAGGUUACCCUUACUUCAGAAUAGUUGUUCAUAGUGAGAGCCUUGUACUACAACAUGUUGCAAAACCUUCUGCUGCAAGUGAAAUGUAAAGCAGAAGCAAUGACAAAACAAGCUGAUGGGAAGUGAAAAAUAAGACCAUGAAAUAUUUAAUUGGAUGUAGAGGAAGGAAGAAGGCUGUAUUAAGUUUGAGAAAAGUAUAAAUUCUUUGACACACAAAUUUGUUUGACAUUGGAAUAUUGAGCCCACUUAAAGAGGGUUGACACUUGCGGGAUAGAGUUGAAACUCCCAAGUGAUGCUAAACCUUUUCAAAUGUUUUGCAUGUACAAAAAAAUAAUUGGGGGGGUUGUGAAUGGGGAUGGGAGGCAUUAAUAUUUGUGUAAUGUAAGACAAAGUUUGUAUAUAGUUCAAAAGUUUAUAAUUUUUUAUGCUGCAUUUUGAAGUGUAUUUUGUCUUUAAUAGAUACAACUGUAAGUACUGUGUACAUUAUCCAACCAAUAAAAAUGUUUAUAAAAUA